GUUUUUUCGAAGAUUCGACAACUUUUCACAUUUUCGGCUCCGCAUCGCCUUUCAGCCUUCUCUGGGCCACAGAUGCCCGCUUCUGUUUCUUUCCAUCUGCAUUUUGGCUUUGUGCGGUCCACCCGGUCCGCCUCUACCGCCGGGCCACAGAAGAGCUGGUUCCGUGCGUUUGGCCGUUCUUGUUGUGACAGAGCAGCUCCGUAUUGUCAUUGCAAUGUUCAGCAAUGAGCAAAAAGUCCAACGAAGCGGUGAGCAAACGAACGACGUUCUAUGCAUGUUACCUUGUUGUCCUGGAUAUGUAUGGCACAUUUGUCCUUCCCUGCAUUCGCAUUGUGCGUAUGUGAUCUCAGGGCCCGUCCGCCACCCGCGACAAGUAUAAUCUGCGCAAGACCACCAAGGACUGGCUGAGGAGCGACAGAAGAAAGCCGAGGAGCGCCGCAAAGCCGCCAACAACCGCAAAGCCCGCUCCCGCGACCCACACGAGAGAGAAGAGCAGCAGCGCCAGCAUCGCAAGAAGAAGACCCGCCGGGGCGGCAAACACCUGAAGCGCAAGGCGCCAGUAGUGCGGAAUGGGAC